GUAUCAUUGGAUUCUACUUGUCAUUUGCCCUAUGAUCGAUAAGGGAUAUAUUUUUGAUUCCAUUUCGAGUUCUAGCAUUAGUAUUCAAAGAGACUUGACAACAAUGUACAGGGUUGCAUCUGCACAAAAAGGUAGCGGUAAGCCAAUUAAAUGGAAUAGUGUGAAGGUUGCACAACAAACCGGAAGUACUGAAUGUGGAUAUUAUGUCAUGAGAUUCAUGUGGGAAAUAAUAUCAUACUCUGAAAAUCAUGAUAUUGGAAAGGUAUGGCGUUCAAGAAGUGAACCAUACACAUUAGCAGAGUUCAAUGAUAUCAGAAAUAUAUGGUCAAGAUACUUUCUGGAUGUUGUAUUGCAAAGUUGAGAAAAAACUAUUUAGCCAAAC